AUGUCGACCUUCUCGAGUAUCAGUAAGAAGUUAGCUAGCCAACGGCCACAUAGAGAGCGAUCUCAGCCGAAAUCACGAGCUCACCUGGGUUUGCUGGAGAAGAAAUCUGAUUACAAAGCAAGAGCUAGGGAUUACCAGCAAAAGCGAGACACUCUAAAGAAAUUGCAUAAAUAUGCUUUGGACAAAAAUCAGGAUGAAUAUCACCAUCACAUGAUGAACAGUGAAGUAAAAGAAGACGGGAGACACUUUGAGAAGAAGACCAAAGAACAGGAAGAAGAGUCGGAAGUGCAGAAGAAACUGAAUGACAUUAGAGACCUGGAAUAUGUGAAGUAUAAACUGUAUGCAGAAAAUAAGAAAAUUGAAGAGCUCAAAGCUGAAUUGCAUUUCGCUGACCCAAGCUGUGGUCUAGGCGCUAGCAAACACACAAUCUUUGUAGAUGAUGAGGAGGAAGCCAAGUCGUUCGAUCCCGUUGAGUACUUCGACACGGAUGAGGCUGUAAUCUCUCGCAAAUACAAUCGGCUACGAAAGAAAGAUUUAUCCAACAAAAACGUCCUUGGAGCAGACAGCAAAGAUGAUGUGAAGAAAGCCGAUCGGCUUCGUCGCGCUCGUUAUUCCGAGCUGAUGAAAAGGCAAAAGAGGGCUAAGGAACUGGAAGUAGUGGCGGCGAAAUUGCAACUAAAAAAGGAUCUGGCAAAAUCGAAGAACUCCGAGCUACAGCCAGUGAUGGUCAAACCAGGUGCGAUUGAUCGUGCUGGAGUUUGGAAGUGGCCUUAUGAGAGAAAGCGAUGAUAUAGAUUGACUUAGUUGUUGACAUUGUUAUAUCCCUUUCUUGUUGUUGUCUUUCGACAUAUCUCGUGUCUAUUUGUUAAAUCUCUC